AAAGAUCCUCUAGAACAAUUGUGCGGCCAAGGUGUUCGAAAACGAAAUGCACUUCGCACCGUGCAAACUGUUGUUUUAACACUUUCAUAUCAUUAAAAUGGAAACACUCCCGUUCGUUUGAUCCGUUCAGUUCGUAAAUACACACUGUGGAGAGCAUUUUACGAAUUGAUACCAUUUUACGAAUUUCGUAAAUGCGGAUUGCUAAGUCCAAGUUUUAUACUACUCAUUAAUUUUCAUGUUCGAAGGAUUCGCAAAUGCGAAGUGUAUGAUAAAAUUAGACAACUCGUAGAUGCACCUUGCAGAGCGUGGACGAAUCGCAGGAAUUUCAAAAACUAGAUGUACUGUUAAUUCGCAAAUGCACUUCGCUGUAGACGCAUGAAUUCACAGAAAACGGAUAAACCAGAUUGCUAGGCGUAUGUGAGAUUUCGUAAGAAGUAGUUGGUAGACUGUCUGUUUUACUAAUUGCACAUUGCAAUUACUUCGUACGUUAAAAGUGCCAAGUCGCAGGUGAGUAGCUAUGGUAACUAUCAGAAGUCUUUUACUUCUACGUCGAGAAAUCUGCAAAUUGCUUGCUCUUUGUACUUUGCAAACAAUUCGUAUGAAAAUGUGAGAAUUCGCAAGUUCAUUUCUGUUAAAGUAGAUCAAAAUGAAAAACGUUUUCCUAUAGGUCAAAAAAUCUGCAAAUAGCGUGCACUUUGCACAUUGCAGUCAAUUCGUAUGAAAAUGUGGGAAUUCGUAAAUGGGCAGCUACGAUAAUUAUCCGAAGUUGAAGAAAGUUUCUCUCUCUAUAUCUCUAUAAUAUGUUUAAUUACAUGGCACAUGUCAUCAUAAAAAACAAAUGAUGGAUGUGUGAAUUCGCAGAAUUUAAUACGAAGUAACUGCAAUGUGCAAAGCGCAAGCAAUACGCAGAUUUUUGGAACUGGAGAGAAACUUUCUUCCACUUCCGCUAUUUAUCGUCCGUAGUCAAGUAUGAAUUCACACGGUUAGAUACGAAUAACUGCAAUGUGCAAAGCAGUUUCGACAUUUCUCGAGCGGUAGGGAAACUUUCGUUCACUUCUGAUAUUUGUUAUGAGUAGCCAUGUGUGAAUUCGCAGAGUUUAAUAAGAAAUAACUGCAAGGUGCAAGCAAUACGCACAUUUUUGCAACUGAAGGGAAACCUUCCACUUCCGAUAUUUAUCGUGCGAAGUCAUGUGGGUUCUAGUUUAGAUUGGUGAACGACUCUGUCUUGCACAUAGUUGGAUUCAUAUUCUACAGUAACCGUUUCCAAAAUGCUCAUUUUUACAUUGCUUCGAGUUGACACAUAACUUUUGCUUUCUUUUUUGAAAAAUUUACAUAGUUCGGCAAAUUCGAUCUUGCACAUCGUUGUUUUAAAUUUGGCAGCGACGAUGUGCAAAACUGCACAUUGUCACCAUUGUUGAAUUGAUAUCUAAACAGGUCAGCGAGUUUUGCCGAAUUCGUGUCUGCACAUUGAUGAGCAUAUUUUCAACAAUGUACAAUUCGCCAUCACUUCGGAAAUGCAGAUUGUUGAGACGGAAAAAGACCUUGAAUAGUUUCUAAAUACAGUUCGCUCCUCGAUACACUUCGCAGAUUUGGUAUGUUACACAGUGCUUGAAGUACCGGUUAAUUGCAGCGAAGUACAAUUCGCACGGGAAAACGCAAUCUACGAAUUCGUGUUUGAACGCCUUGGCCGCACCACUCCUCUAGAAAACGAUCUUCGGAAAUUUGUCCAAAAAACAAUUUUGCUUGCGAAAAGAUAGCUUCAGGUGUUUAGUUUUCAAAACUGGAAAUCAUAGAUCUCUGUCUUCAUUUUACUCUGAGUUAUUCAAAAAACGGCAACCUGCAUUAGAUUCUAUGAUGAAUAAUAGUCUGAAGUGGUUUUAGAUUGCCUGUAGGCUUCUUUUUUUUGUAACUAUAACAGAAGACUUCUAUAGGUCAACGUUAUUAUUUUCUCUUAUUUAGAUUCUAACAGUAAAUCCUUAUGGGAACAAAUCAAAGAUGAUAUUGAUUCUUGGAAUGGUAUGUCACAACCAAUACUUGACGUUGGUGAAAUAAAACAAGACAAUGAGCCUACACUAAAACAUAAAUCCAUUCCUAUCAAACGUUUAUUCAAAGAUGGAACAGCAGAACCAACUACUCAUUUUACAGACGACUUUGAUGACAUCGAAAAUAAUGAACAAGUCAUUUUCAUCCUAACGGAGAGUAAUGAUCGCGAAGAACUUAUGAAACGUAUAGCUGCUAGAAAAUCGAAAAACGUAAGAUGUUGAAUAUGGACAUGGGCGGGACCAAGGUCCGAAUCUCGGAAACGUUGUUUGGUCCCAUCCCGCACAGUGUGCAUCCAGGCGGACAUUAGAUGAAAAAAUGAAAGUCGACUUUUCGUCGAUUCAAUAAAUGCUAAAUAUACUUCAUGACAUGUUCUAUCUGAUGGUAUAAAAAAAUUUUGUUAGUAAACUUAACUGAUGUGAAAAAAUCACUAGUAAAGAAAUUAGCGAUAAAACACUAAUAUCAGUGAGAAAAUGCAUUUUUCGCAAAAUUGAACAAAGCGAUAGACAAACGCAAUAUAUAUUCUGAAUCUGCACACCGCCUGGUAUCUAUCUGUGAAAAUAUUUCUUAAUUUGGACUUAUGAUUUUCGAGAUAAAAAAGUAAAAGUUUUUCUAAGUGAUUCUCCGAAUGGGGCCAUGUUGAGCAAAGUGGGUGCACAAAAGUUAGCGAGGGUCCAGAUUCCAUCAAACUUUGCCAAAAUGUUCUUCUACCUACCCUUUACCAUUCUCCGAUAGCGCAAAUUCGCACGAACAUUCCAGCACAGCACAGUGGGUUUUCCAAAAAACCUUCUUUUUCAGAUAUUUUGUAUUUUUCCAAGCUCAGGAGCACUUUUAUUCAAAAAUAAGAUCAUAUUUGAAAUCAAAGCACUAACGAGGGGACCUUUCGAGGUGAUUAAACGUUUUUUGCCCGGAAUCUAGUGGGUUAUAGGUUAUCGACCAUUCUGUUUACCAAUAUGAUCAUGGGGAUUGCCCUUAGCCCUUCGAAGACCUGCUUUUCUAGAAAAACAGUUUUUCAGAAACUCUAAAAGUAACCCGAACCUUUCUUAAUAAGGCACGAUUGCAGCUCACAAAUCUCUGAUUAAAAUGAGACAUCUCCCAGCUCUACACAAUCUUUCUUUGCAAAGUUAUAGAAUUCACAAAAAAAGCCCUAAAUUAAUUUCUUCUUAUUUCUGUAGCUUUGAGCUGAGAAUGAACAUUUAGGGCUUUCCUUGUAAACUCUAUAACUUUGCAAAGAAAGAUCGUGUAGAGCUGAGAGAUAUCUCAUUUUAUUUAGAAAUUUGCGGGCUACAAUCAUGCCUCAU